AUGCAUGUUAGAGUUCACACUGGAGAGAGGCCAUAUCACUGCCAACAGUGUGGAAAGAGCUUCACUCAACAAGGAGCCCUUAAAAGACACAUGAGAACUCACACGGGAGAGAAGCCUUACACCUGCCAACAGUGUGGAAAUGGUUUCACUCAAAAAGGACACCUUAAAAAUCACAUGAGAACUCACUCGGGAGAAAAGCCGUUUAUCUGUCGACAGUGUGGAACUGGUUUCACUCAAAAAGUACACCUUCAAGGUCACAUGAGAACUCACACAGGAGAGAAGCCUUACACCUGUAAACAGUGCGGAAAGAGAUUCACACAGAAAAACACCCUUCAUUCCCACAUGAGCAUUCACACUGGAGAGAAGCCUUAUACAUGCGAACAGUGUGGAAAUUACCACAUGAGAAUUCACACGGGAAAGAAGCUGUACACAUGUGAUCGUUGUGGAAAGAAUCUCGCAACGGGAUUUACCCUUAAGUGUCAUAAGAUCAUGCACACUGGAAAGAAACCCUUCAAAUGUGAUCAGUGUGGCAGGCGUUUCAUUCGUAAGACGAGCCUUAAUUACCACAUGAAGACUCAUUCAGCAGAGAAAGGCUGUAAAUGUUCUCAGUGUGGAAACAGUUUCAGUCAUAAAGUUAGCCUCUACGCUCACAUGAGAAAACAACACAAUCAAGAGAAGCCUGCUUCUCACAAAUAG